AUGAUAGAGAAUCCUGAAGAUUCUGAGGCAUUGCUGCGAGCUCAUAAGAUCGAUACCCUAAAUGUGGACUGGUUAAUUAAUGCAAGGAAUUUGAACACGGAUAAUCCAGGGUCUUCGGAAACCAAAGAUGCAAGAUCGAAAUCGAAGUCAAAAUCGAAAUCAGAGAUCAAAGAUAAUGCUAGUACGGAUAGUAUAAAGGAAAGGACGGUUUCAAACGAGCUGCCACCUGAUGAUCCUGCCAGUCCGUUCCAUAUCAAUGCGAAUUUGCCUCAGCAAAGGUCGGGAGAAGAAUUAAAUGAUAAUAGGGGCAGAAGGAAUUCUGUAAUGGCAGUUCCUUCAUCGGUGGAUUCAAGUGAUGGUUCUUCGUCAAUGGGACUAAGAAAGACGAAAUCGCUGUCUGCAGCAUCACCAGAUCCGGGGACUCGUACUGCAUUGAGAAGAACUUCAGUACCAGGGGCCGGUAGCAAUAAUGCUUCACCCAAGAAGGAGAAAAAAAUAGGGUUUUUCAAGAGUCUUUUCACCGGUAAGAAGAAAAAAGGCUCUCCUACAUCACCAUCUCCUUCUGCUCCAUCGUCUCGUCGUGGUACUGCCCCUUCGAGUAGGAGGUCGAGCAUAACUUCGGGUACUUUUGGUUUUCCUCUGGCUCGAUCGAGUACUUAUUCAGCGGCUCAAGGUGAAGCUUACCAGCAUGAAAACCAAAACCAUAACCAUAACCACCAUCAACUUUUACAUCAUCAUGAUACAAAUACGAAUUCCGCACCAUUAAAAGAUGGUUCCGAGGGUAUUACUCGAAUAAAAACACAAGCGACGGCGGCGGAGGAUUACAAUGGUAGAGAUCAAAGACUUAUGGAAUUUUUAGAAUAUUACAAAGCUCAUGGGUACCCCGCAUCUGCAUUCCGUAAGAAUGCUGAUUCUGAAAGGAUGGAAGUUGGAGCUAAACCUUCAGGUCCCGGUGCGCACUUCCAAUUCGGCAGUAAUAGUAGUAGCAGUAGUAGCAGGGAUAAAACUGAUGAGAGCGAAUAUAUGCGAAUAGGUGGAGUUAAAUACGACGUUAGGGGAAGGCCCAUACCACAUCAUCCAAGAGGUUCUAGUUUGCCACCAGCGCUUAAAAGCGCUAAGGAAUCUAAAGCAAAUAAUACGCCAGAUAGUCGAAGCGACUUGAAUUCGGAUUCAGAAUCAGAUUUAUCUGCACCCUCUGGUUCUUCUCAUAAAUUUGGAUCUUUCUUAAAAAGGGUGACUUCACAUGGAGGCACAAGUCCUCCUAAUAGUGUUAGUCCAACAAGAUCAAUAAAUCGUCGUCAAUUCGAUCCUUCAAAGGUUAAGGAAGUUCCAGGAUUAGAAAAUAUGGAACCUUUAAAACACGUUUCGUUUGCUACUAAUACAUAUUUCAACGAUCCUCCGCAACAAAUUUGUUCCAAAAAUCCACGUAAAGGUGAAGUAGAGGUUAAACCUAAUGGAUCUGUUGUUGUUCACAAAUUAACACCAGAAGAAAGGAGGAAGGUUCUGCAAAAUUCAAGUGCAGGUGUCGUCGUUGGUGGUUCAGGACAAUUGAGAUUGCUAACACGUACAAUUGAUGGAGCUGAUGAUGAUUUAGACCCAAGGAAAGAAGAACAAAUGGCUCCCGGUAAACAGCAGCCUGGUUCACCUUCCAGUCCUAAGGUCGAUAAUGAUAAUGCAAUCGAAGAAGGAAGCGAUUGCGAAGAUGAAGAGGAGGAAGCGGGUCAUAACGCACAACAUAGAAAUAUUAGAAAGGCUGCGGCGGAAGCUGCAGCAGAAGCCAGAGCUAAGGGAACUCCUAGCGAAUUAUUUCGCAGUAAUAACGAUGAAGAAGUUGAUGUGAGUCGUAUGGCAAAACGUGUUACCAUUGAUAAGCCGAUGGUUUCUAGAAGGUCUAUUACAAGUAAUUCUUCAUUAUCAUUAUCAUCCAUGGCUUCUGCAGAAACUGAUGAUGAAAUAUUACCACCACCUCGUGCCAAGAUUCCCCAUGAUGUGGUUUACACUCGUUGUUGUCAUUUACGUGAAAUUUUACCGAUUCCAGCAACUUUGAAACAAUUGACACCAGGAUCUAUCGAUCCCAUACCGCUUUUACAGCUCCGAAACCCUAGGCCUUCGAUGGUGGAAGUUUGGUCUUUCAGUGAUUUUCUGAGUGUCGCUCCCGUACUGUGUCUAUCACUAGAUGGUGUUUCCCUGAGUGUGGACAUGUUCAAGAUAAUCUUAAGCUCUGUCUCAGGUAAGAAGGGAUUUGAAAAAUUGUCAUUGAGAAAUACUCCAAUUAAUGAAAAGGGCUGGCGGGUAUUGUGCUAUUUUGUGUCGAAAUCAAGAGAUCUAUCUGCACUCGAUUUAACCAUGGUUCCUGAUAUCAAGACAAACGUACAAAAACCAUCUAGAUCCUCCCUAAAAAAUACUAUUGUUAGAAUGGAAAGUAAUAGUGCAAACCGUAGUGAUAUGAACUGGGAUCUUUUAGCUGCCUCUGUAGCCGCCAAAGGUGGGUUGGAAGAGGUUGUUAUUUCCGGUGCCCAAAUGCCCGCGGAACAAUUCGAGAAUUUUAUCGAUGUUGCCUGCAUAGAUACUAGAAGAUUGGGGUUAGCAUAUAACAACAUUUCUAAGGAACAAUGUCGGUCUCUGGCUCAAUGGUUAGUUCAAUCGAAAGUCACAGGUCUUGACUUAGGAUAUAACGACUUGAAGGAUAAGCUUUCCUCCUUAAAUGAUGCAAUUUGGGAUAAAGUGAACAAUAAGCGUGAGAGAAAUGUUUUGCGUUACAUCUCUUUGAACUGUACAGGGUUAGAGGUGGAUGCCGGUGAUGUAAGCAAAACCAAUGAAGUUUUAAAGCUAAUAAGUUUGCUGUGCUAUUGUGAAAAUUUAAAAUUCUUGGAUAUUUCUAAUAAUCCAAAAAUGUUCCCGCAUUGUAUUAACACUUUAAUCGAUUGCCUACCGGUAUGUGCUGGUUUAACACGGUUGCAUCUGGAUUAUGAGUCGUUGGCUCCCACAUCCGUAGUAACUUUAGCGGAAGCUCUUCCGUUAUGUAGAAGGUUGAACUACUUAUCGAUGUUGGGUACGCAAUUCGAUCUUGCAUCUUUUAAAGCAUUGGCAGAAGCGGUUAAGAAAUCACCAUCCUUAAUAACCUUGGAUGUGGAUUAUACCAACAUGCCCCAAAAUAUCAGGAAGAAAGUCUCCUUAUACACAAUGAAGAACGUCGACAACGAGUUGAAUAGAGUUAGAUCUGAUAACGAUGGCAGUUCUAAUGGUGAAAAAGACCCAAUUUCUAGCUUGCAAGGGGAAUUAUCCAAAUUACUCACAGAAAAGGUUGAAAAUGAAGAGCUAUACAGCGUGUUAGUUCGGGAAUAUGUGCAAAAAGUGACCAUCGCAAGAAAUAAAAUUGGUACAGUUGUUAAAGAUUUGUUUGCCAUUAGAAUUAAAGGUGAAUUAUCUGUUGAAGGUAAGGAAACUUUGAUCAGAUUAUGUUUCGUGAACGCAAGUUUGCAGAAAAGGUUACACCUUUUACAGGAAAGAAAUCAGUCAAUUGCUAAAAGUCAAAAUAACCAUUCUACGUCUAAAGUACGCCCAGUUAGUUCUUCUACAGGAAAGAGUGCUAAUUCGAAUACCCCUUUUGUUUCAUCAGGUAUGGUUUCUCCAUCUGGACUAGAUCAUACAGGUCAUUCAGCGCUAUUACCGUUUGGGCGUGCUGAAGUAGAGUCUGAUCAGGAACACAUACCUCAAGCAGACGAUACCAUUGAACUUGUAGAAAAAGAUGAAAAUAAAAACCAUAUCCAUGGCCCAGUUUAUGGUUUAAAGCACAAUGAAAGCGUGGAUAAGGAACAACUCGGUAACGCUGCGAAGUCUCUAGACACUGAUAAGAUCAAAGAUUAUUUGAUGGAAUCAGACAUCAGUGAAGUGGUCAACGUCAUUGACGAAUUGCAUAGUCAAGGUUACCAUUUGCAUGAUAUCUUCAAAAAGUCUUCCAAGAAUUCACCAGAUCUCGACUCUUUAUCACCUAGGUUGGCACCGAUCAAUCCUGGACGUAGCUCUUCAAGCUUGAACAGCAAUAGCAGUGAUAGAAGCACAAAUAAAAAGCGUGAUUCUAUAGCAUCCAAACCCUCUACUGACUCUCUGAGAGCCGUCAGAGCGGAGGAUGAAGCCAUAGAUGCUGCCUAUGACAAUGUCCUCGACAAUUUACAGAGAGAACGGAUUUAA